AAGUUGAACAACUAUCUUUCUAUAUAUAUAUAUAUAUAUAUAUAUUGUGCCAAAAUGCACCGGCUACGUUCACUUUCCAUGUUAUAUGGAUUUCCAUUUUGUAAUAUUUACUUGAAGUGCUAUUCUUGAGAAGGUUCAUAUAUAGAGACGUUAAUGUAAAUGGGCCUCUGUUGAAAUUGUUGAUUUUGCUAUAGAAAUGGUAUCUUUACGAAUUUGAAAGGACUUAUCAUGGAUCUUGAAACAAGAACUUGUCAGAAUCAUUUAAAGACCUUUUGGUGUUGCAGAAAGAAUCUUGGAGGACAGUGUUGACAUUAGCAUAUCAAAGUUUAGGAGUUGUAUAUGGGGAUUUAAGUACCUCUCCACUUUAUGUGUAUAAGAGUACUUUUGAUGAAGACAUUAUGCACACGGAGACAAAUGAAGAAAUCUAUGGUGUUCUUUCGUUUGUAUUUUGGACAUUGACUUUGGUUCCAUUAUUGAAGUAUGUGUUCAUUGUGCUUAAAGCUGAUGAUAAUGGUGAAGGAGGCACAUUUGCUUUAUAUUCACUCCUUUGUCGACAUGCCAAAUUGAAUCCAUUGCCUAGUUUCCAAUUAGCAGAUGAAGAAUUGUCAAAUUACAAGAAGGAUAUCAAUACUCAUGCCCCAACUACUUUUGGGGCAAAAGUUAAAUCAACUCUAGAGAGAAACAUCCUCUCUACCCCUCGGGUAAGAGUAAGAUAUGAGUACACACUACCCUCCCCAAACUCCACUUAUGGUAUUUUCCUGUGUUGUUGUUAUCUAUUGAUGGUCACAAAUUUGAGUGUUGCAAUAGAUAGGGUACACUUCUAUUUAUUUAAUUAUAUUUUCAACAGGUACAGGGUAUUACAAAGAUUUCUGCUUGUAUUGGCUCUUAUUGGAGCUUGUAUGGUUAUAGGAGAUGGUAUUCUUACACCUGCUAUUUCUGUUUUCUCAGCAGUUUCUGGUGUUGAACUUUCUUUGGGAAAAGAACAUCACAAAUAUGUGGAAGUCCCAGUUGCUUGUAUGAUACUGAUAGCCUUGUUUUCCCUUCAACAUUAUGGCACCCACAGGGUUGGAUUUUUGUUUGCACCUGUUGUCGUGACUUGGCUUCUUUGUAUCAGUGCUAUUGGCAUAUAUAAUAUAAUACACUGGAACCCUUAUGUGUAUCGAGCACUGUCUCCUUAUUACAUGUACAAAUUCCUAAAGAAAACUCAAACAAGAGGGUGGAUGUCUUUGGGAGGAAUCCUUUUGUGCAUAACAGGUUCAGAAGCAAUGUUUGCUGAUCUCGGACACUUCUCACAGUUGUCAAUAAAGAUUGCUUUUACCUCCAUAGUUUAUCCAUCACUUAUUCUUGCGUAUAUGGGGCAAGCUGCUUAUCUAUCGCGACAUCAUGUAAUGGAGAGUGAUUAUCAGAUUGGCUUCUAUGUUUCAGUACCUGAAAAAAUAAGAUGGCCGGUUCUGGUGAUUGCUGUACUGGCUGCAGUAGUGGGGAGCCAAGCCAUUAUCACUGGAACCUUUGCAAUUAUUAAACAAUGCUCUGCGCUGGGAUGCUUCCCUAGAGUCAAAAUACUGCAUACGUCGUCAACAAUACAUGGUCAGAUUUACAUCCCAGAGAUUAACUGGACCUUAAUGCUACUAUGUUUGGCCGUUACUGUUGGUUUCAGAGACACCAGAAGGAUGGGAAACGCUGCAGGUUUAGCUAUCAUAACUGUCAUGCUGGUCACCACUUGCUUGAUGUCGUUGGUAAUUGUUUUGUGCUGGCACCAGAGUGUUUCCUUCGCAAUUUGCUUUGUGAUCUUCUUUGGGACAAUUGAGGCUUUAUAUUUCUCUGCUUCUUUGAUUAAAUUUUUGGAAGGAGCAUGGGUGCCUAUUGCCAUGGCUUUUAUUUUCAUGAUAGUAAUGUGCAUUUGGCACUAUGGCUCACUGAAAAAGUAUGAGUUUGACCUUCAAAAUAAGGUCUCGGUUGACUGGCUACUGAGUUUAGGCCCUAGCCUAGGCAUUGUAAGAGUCCGUGGCAUUGGCGUCAUACACACUGAGCUUGUAUCCGGAAUCCCAGCAAUCUUCUCACACUUUGUUACCAAUCUUCCAGCGUUCCACCAAGUCUUAGUUUUCGUUUGUGUCAAAUUUGUCCAGACUCCUCAUGUUAGACACGAAGAACGGUUCCGUGUUGGAUACAUUGGCCCAGGAGAGUAUCGCAUCUAUAGGUGCAUCGUGAGAUAUGGUUAUCGUGAUGCUCACAAGGAUGAUUCCCAGUUCCAGGAUGAUCUUGUAUGUAACAUAGCUGAGUUUAUACGGACGGGAAAUACAGGGUUGAAUAGUAAUGCUGCAGAUUUAAAGAAUUUUGAGGACUCGACUGCUGUUGGAACCGCUUCAACACACGUAUCUAGAGUUCAACUUCGUGAGGACGACGAAGUGAAAUCUGACUCGGUUGGAACGUCGGAACUUAGAGAAAUACAUCCUUCACAGUUAACCAAGGCUAAGAAAAGUGUGAAGUUUGUCAUAUCAGAAACUACAAAGAUCGGCAGAGGCGCGCACGAGGAGUUGAAAGAACUGAUGGAAGCUAGAGAAGCAGGCAUAGCUUACAUAUUGGGGCAUUACUAUGUCCAAGCCAAACAAGGAUCUAGCUUAUUCAGGAGAAUAGUUAUAAAUUAUGGGUAUGAGUUUCUGAGAAGGAAUAGCAGACCACUCACCUAUGCGUUAACUGUACCUCAUGCUUCUACUUUAGAGGUAGGAAUGGUCUACCAUAUAUGAUUUAGGCGUAUAGAGGAUAAAGAAAUAAUGAAAUAUGUACAUACGUUUGUAGUUUUCUGUAAGGAUACAAGGGAAGUGUUAACAUUAUUAUGAUUGAGGAUGAGUAAUGUGUACCAUAUUGUUAGCCAA